AUGGAUAUUAGUUCAUUGAUAUACUCGCGCUUUGGUGUGGUGGAUGUCCUGGUGAUGGUGGAACUGGAUGAGAAAUUGGUAAUAUGCGUGGAUAUUGGUUCACUGGUAUUUUCUUGUUUUGGUGUGGUGGAUGUCCCGGUGAUGGUGGAACUGGAUGAGGAAUUGGAAAUACGUCCGGAUAUUGCUUCACUGAUAUCUUCACGUUUUGUUGUGGUGGAUGUCCCUGCGAUGGUGGAAGUGGAUGAGAAAUUGGUAAUAUACGUGGAUAUUGAUUCACUAAUAUUUUCUUGUUUUGGUGUGGUGGAUGUCCUAGUGACGGUGGAACUGGAUGAGGAAUUGGAAAAACGCAUGGAUAUUGGUUCAUUGAUAUCUUCGCGUUUUGGUGUGGUGGAUGUUUCAGCGAUGGUGGAACUGGAUGAGAAAUUGGUAAUAUGUGUGGAUAUUGGUUCACUGAUAUUUCGUUUUGGUGUGGUGGAUGUCCUGGCGAUGGUGGAACUGGAUGAGGAAUUGGAAAUACUCCUGGAUAUUGGUUCACUGAUAUGGUGUGAUGGAAAAAGAAAUGCUCGGUUGGGAAAAUCGAGUAUCUAGCCUGCGCAAGGCCAAAUGCAAGAAAGAGUAGAGUAACCAUCAUUGUUAUUGGAGAGAGCUUCACC